GUGGUGUUCGACAUCUUUUACGUAGGGACGGACCAGCUGGCUGCGAAGUACAAGCUUAAAGGAGGUUACUUCAGCAUCAGGGAGAAGACGUCGGUCACGAAGGCCGAGUUAGACCAAGCGAUCUCUGUCUUGAAUAUUAUCGACUGUAAGAUCUUGGCUCAGGCGACGUUGUACGCGAACAAGGAGAUGGAUGACUACAAGGUGUCCUUCCUGCUAGGCGUGCUGGAAGCUUGGGGUCACACAACAGUCAUACUUCAGACAGACUCGGAGCCUGCCACCUUGGCUCUGGCGAACGCAGUUCGAGAUCGAAGAUCACACUCAACCUUGGUGCGGGGAUCACCGCCCUUUUCCAAGCAGAGUGCAGGCUACGCUGAAGGAGGUAACAAGCUAGCAGCUGGUCUACUUCGAGCCUACAAGCUGAAACUGGAGCACAAGCUGGGCAGCGAGAUCAAGAUGACGGAUCCGAUCGUGCCAUGGCUUGUGAACUCAGUGGGGUGGAUGAUCACCAGAUUCCAGCCUCGCAGUCACGGAGGUUCCUCCUACAAGAUGCUCUACGGCAAAGAGUACAACGGCGAGAUUGCGGAGAUGGGUGAGCAGGUCUGGUAUCGGAUCUCAGCCCGAGUUGCCGCGGGACGUGGCAAAUGGGAAGCCCGCUUCGCAAAAGGAAUCUGGGUUGGUAAGAGCGAGCUGGACGACACACAUCUCGUGAUCGAUCCUGAACGUGGAGUGCAGAAGGUCAGAACGGUGCGAAGGAUGCCUGAGGAGUUCAGGUGGCAGCCCGAGCUCAUCCAGCACAUCAGGGUGACGCCCUGGAAGCAGACGCCCGACAAGAGUUCAGGAACCAUCGGACGCAGUAUGUACAUCACGGAGCGCAUGAUCGAUGCUCAUGGUCCUACCGACGAUUGCAGGAAGUGCAGUACAGGAUACGGUUCGCAUUCGGCAGCCUGCCGUCAGCGUUUCGAGACCAUUCAGGCCGACUUGCUGCGCGAGAAGUUGGCGAAGGACCCUGUGGCCCCUGAGGUGCAGACAGCCAUGGACACGGAGAGUGGAGAGCUGAGGAGCCACUUAGGAGAUCCUGAGGAGCAGCAGGUGGAGCAGAUGGUUGAGGUGAGCGCCGAGCUGCAUGAGAAAGACCAGUGGAGCCCAAAGACGAUACACUACGAUUACUACACUGGAGAGCCUCUGGAUGAGGACCUGUAUCAGAAGGGUCGCGACGACGAGCUGCAGGCCAUGAAGGACUACGGGGUCUACGUGGAAGUGGCGACAUCGACGGCGACUGACGGCAAGCACAUUGGAGGUUUCCCGAUAGCCCACAUGAAAGAAGGAAAGGUUAGGUGGAGGUUCGUAGCCACCGAGGUGAACAAGUACGAGGUCAGGGAGGAUAACCACCAAGGCACGCCCCCGCUCAUGAUUGUCAGAGCGACGCUGAGCCGUGCCGCUUCAAGUCCAACUUCCAGCGGGCAGCACCUGCGGAAGAUACAAGUUUGGGACGUCAGGAAGGCUUUCUUCAACGCUGACUUAGACGAGACGAUCUACGUGCAUCCUGGGAGAGAGCUGUGUCCGCCCGGAAGGUGCUGGUGGUUACGCAAGGCCAUGAACGGUACCAGGAAGGCGUCGCAGAUGUGGGGUGAGCUUGUGAGAACUACUAUGGACGACGGUCAUUGGGACUGCUUGGUUGGAACUCCUAACGUGUUCUACUUACCUGCUAGCCCCAACACAGCCCCCGUCGACGAGGAUAGCACAGCGAUCUGCCAUGGCGAUGACUUUCUUGCUGAAGGCUACGACGAGCAGCUGGACGAGCUGGACGAGUUAUUGAGGCAGCAGUUUGAGGUCACGGCCAGCGCCAGACAUGGACCAGGAGCGGUGGGGCAGACUACAUACCUCAAGAGGACGAUCGGCUAUACCGACAAGUUGCCAGGUUGCGAGGAGCCGGGUUUCUUCUGGACUGCCGAUCCUAAGCAUGUGGACUUCAUGAUCAAGUGGACGCAGAAGCGAGGACUUCAGUGUAAGACUUACCUGAUCGAGACCCAGAGGCCCUGCAACCUGAAGAUCUAUAGUGACAGCACAGCUGGACGUGGCAUGUGCAGCCGAGUUGGGGUGGGCAAGGUCAGGCACCUGGAGUUGAGGUACUUGUGGAUUCAGGAGCGGUUGCGUCUCAAGGCGUUCGAGCUUCACAAGGAGGACACCAGCAAGAUGACAGCCGACAUGCUCACGAAGUACAGCGAGUGGCCGACAAUCGAGAAGCAUUGCACCACUCUCAACCUCAGGUUCGGAAAGCAGUUGAAGGGCUUGAGCGCAAUGGCAGUUUUCACAGAGGUCGUGACGAAGGCGUCAGGCGAGAAGGUGACAGUGUACGGAGGUUCUGACGAGGUUGCGGUUUGCCCCGCGCCUGUCAGCCACUACGUGGACAGCGAGGAGUUCUGGUUCUUCCUGAAGUUGGGGCUUGUUGUGGUGACUGCAGCCAGUGUUUUUUUACUGGGGUGCUGGUGUGGUUGCUACUUCAAGAACUUCUACGACAAGUUCCUCCUCCAGGGUGCGGUUAACCCCGCCUCUGGAAGCACUUGCACACCAUCUGCGCGGGCUGGCGUCGAGUUCAAGACCGUGUGUGUACAGCAGGACAAAGGUGCAAGGCACAAGCUCUUAAGCACGUUUCUUGUAGCUGAGCUGCGAGCUGUCUUGAAGGCCAAGGGCCUGGCCGUGUCAGGGAUCAAGGAGGACCUGGUCACGAGGAUGAUCAAGCACGGAUGCGUUCUGUCGGAUCGCCAGGCCAAAGCGAUCGAGCAGCUACGGGUGAUGGCUACAGCGUAUGGACCUCUUGCCAAGCUCAGCUUGCAGGACAUCAGCAGUCCAGAGGCCGCGCAGAAGUGGAUCGAGACGUUCAAGAGCGAGUGCGGAGACCGUUCCAGAGGCUCUCAGGUGAUCCACGGAGAGGGCCAGGAGAAUGGAGGAAGGCGGUCCGCGCGAACCUCCCUGCGUCGAGCUCCUGCGGAAUGGAAGGUCCUCCUGCACGAGCCGCUAUUCGCCGACUGGAAGGCCGCGGACCGCAUGUCGGCGUGCCAGGGGAUGCUGUCCGAGCACAUUUAUGACUUGCUCUACGAUGGGAUGAAGCAGAUUCUCCGCCCGAGCGAGUUCUUCGAAGAGGUGUUCGACUAUGUCAUUCGCCUGGAGUUCCAGGGCCGCAAGACCGAGCACAUCCACAUUGCAGCCUGGGUGCGCCUGAAAGGGAAUCUAUCUGGCCGUAGCGGCCAGGCGGAUCGGUCUGCCUUCGUGAUGUUCUUGGAGGAAGUGUUCCGCGGCUCUGUGGACGCCCAGGAGGGCUAUGGGUUUCUGAACUACAUCAGCGGCUACGUCGUCAAGGGCAACCAGUCUAUGGAUUAUCAGCCUGACGCCGCGCGAAGCGCCGGAGACGAACACUCGGCGUGGCGCACGACCUAUCGUAUGCUGUGCAAGCUGGCGCCGGGAAUGCCGGAGGUUUUUCUGGAUUUUGCAGGCGCCAAACACAUGUAUCGUACGUUCGGUGUCGUCAACGCGUACGCUAUCAUACCAGGGCAGGGUGACAAGGGCAGCAAUGACACCAAGCGGCUGUAUCUUCUGCACUAUGAUGUUCCCGCACGGAGACUCCGGUACUUUUGCGCCGCCAAAAGGGAUCCCGAGUUGAUCCCUUUCACGAAGCACUAUCUGAAGGCGGUGAAGUAUCUUCAGCACCUCGUGUGCAUGACGGGCGCGCGUCCUUCUUGCGAAGAGUCUAUUCGCCAGCGGGUGAAAGGGAUGCUGCCGCAGGAGGAGGGAGAGGCAGAAGAACAGUAUGGCCUCCGCGUUCUGGCGAAGAUGAAGAGCACCCGCUGGGUGGGCUUCGCCAGGAAGGCCACGUCUAUCGUCAAGCUGUUCGAUGCGCCCGUCGAGACUAUCGCUGACCGUUUCCAUGAGUACAGUUGGGAGCCCUACGACAGUUGGCCUUGGCUCCCUCCCUCGCGGUCCUUCGACUCCGAGGACAUGCCUAUGGGCCCUGGAGAUCAACUGUUCCACCCUCUGAGAUGUGCUGAUGAUACCGAGGGCGCCUAUGGUAAGCCCUUCCACGGCGUUGACGCGGCGCUCGAUUAUUUCGAGGACGUGGUGGCGGCGGACCUGCGCAUCCGCGUCUCUCCUGGGCGUGCAAGGUCGUUCCGAGCGCGGCUCCAUGCCGUGCACUGCUACUAUAACCACAUGCAGCACUGCCGCGACCACCCCGACGCCAUCCCGCUUGAUGUCCGCCGAGCAGCAGACCGCCUGAUGCAGGCUGAUCCGUCUAUUGACGCGCAGUUCGCAUACUACAACGAGUACAAGCGGCAGUGGAACAAAUGUGACGCGCAUGCGCGCCCUCGCAUCACGUGGUCUGCCGACCAGGAGGAGGUGCUGAAGGUGGUGGAUGGUGUGCUAUCCAGAGCCGACGCCAACAUCGUACAGCAGCAGUUCUACUAUGUGAAUGGGGAGCCAGGCAGCGGCAGGACGGAGGUCCUGUGCGAAGCUUCCCGCAGGGCCGCGGACGCUGGUCUCCACGUUCUCAUUCUUGGUCCCACCGGCACUCUGGUGCACACCUAUAAGACCAAGGUGCAGCACGAGAACAUCAACGUGGAGACCAUACACUCUGCGUGGCACAUCUGUCGCAGGGCCGAUACCUUCGUUGACUAUGCGCCUCCGUCGCGCCUCCGCACCUAUGACCUCUUCAUCGUCGAUGAGGCGUCGCAGAUCGAGGACGACGUGGCUGUGCGCUUGCACAACGGCUUCAGGGAGCUGCCGCAGCGGCCCGCGGUCUUCUUUGCGGCGGACUUCCAGCAGCUGAAUCCGCUCGGAUGUUCGGCGGCUAUGCGGACGUGGAUCACGGUCAUGACCACCAUAUCACUGUGCACUAUACACAGGACCAACGAUGAUCGCCUCCUAUCUUUCUUGCGGCAUGUGCGCCUGAGGCAGCCGCACAAGGAGGUCAUCCGGUCCUUCUUCGCCGGGCGCACGUGGGACUCCAUCACCCUUGAGCAGGCCGUGCAGAGGGGGAUGGCUAUCGGCGCUCGUCUGGGGGAGCCCUUCCACUGGCUCACCGUGACGAACAAUGGGGCCGAGGCGGUUAAUUCGGCGUGUCUAUCGGCGUGUGGCUACGACGAGCCUGAGAACCUCUCGCCGCUCUGCGGGGGCCCCAAGGUAGCUGGCAAGGAGCGGCUAUUCAUUGCUCCUGGUGUGGUUGUUCGGCUCACGCGGAACCUCGACAAGGGGCGGGGCUUCGUCAACGGCGCCAAUGGCACUAUCGAUGUUGUGCUGGAGAACAAGUCUAUCUUUACGGUGACGCUCGCGGGCGCCAAGCGCCGUCUCCUCGUGCGCCCGAUCACCGACGGAGGAGAUUACUUCUUGCCGUGCACCUAUGGCUAUGCUACCACCAUCCGCAGGGCCCAGGGAUCUUCUCUUGGGCUUGGUGCGCUCUAUUUCGAUCACUGUUAUCCGCCGGGGCGGGGCUAUGGCUACGUGGGUGCCAGCCGCUUCAGACGCGCCGAGCGCAUCUAUCACUUUGGGUGCAUUCGGCGCACGGACUGGCUGCCUGUCAGCAUGAAGCAGGAUGAUCCUGAUGAGCAGACUAUGAGGUCCGCUCAGAGCGAGUCUGAUAACGAGUACGGGCCUGGGCCACGGGGCAGCGACACGGAGUCCGAGAUCAGCGCUGUCUCUGGGCGCGCGUUCGAGCCCCCCGCGCGGGAGGAGCGGCGCGAGAAGCUUCACCGGGCAGACCAUGUCUGCUUCGCGCUCCUUGACCACGAGGGGGAAUCGGUGGUGGACAAGGUGCCCCUCGACAAGCUCUGGGAGGCCGCGGCCCAGGGCUCCCACUGGGCGGCCUCCCGCGCCAACCUGUCCAGCGACUCUGAGUAUCGCGUUGGCGUCGGGGUGAGCCAGACCGCGGGAGCCCUGGCGGUCGCGGUGCGCAAACUGCAGCAGGAUGCCGGGCUCAAAGCGGUGCUCCAGAAAGUACCUGGAGAAGGCAUUGGCCGAGGGCAACGCGUUGCUGCCGCACUUGGACAGGCUGAACCGCGGCCGCGGCACGGAGGCCUCGAGCGCCAAGGACAAGAGAGCCUGAGUUUCGCGAAGCUCAAGGCUGCCGCGGGCUCCUCGGCCGGCGGGAGCGGGGGCGGGGGCGGGGGCGGCGGCGCCGCCGCCCCGCCCAAGCCAGACGAGCUCAAGGCGUCGGCGAAAGCGGUCCACGAGUGGCUGUCGCAGCCGCAGAGCGCCCUGCGCGGGCUGCUGAGCAUCCUGGCCAGCGGGGGCGUCUUUUGGCCUUACCCACUGGGCCCGCCUCGCGGGCGCGCCGAUAUGGCUCGCCUGGCUCGCAAGCGCCCAGCGGCGGCCAUCGAGGCGCCCGCGUCCUCUGGCGCAGCCGGCGGUCUUCGCCGGCGUCGGCGGGUCGCGGCGGCUGGGCCUGUGCAGGCCCCGCGCCGAGUGACUCUCGGGCCCGCGGAGCACGCGCGCAUCGCGGAGGCGGUGCGGGGCGGCGCGACAGUGGGCGACCUCGUCAGGGACUUCGGGGUGAGCAAGCGGCGCGGGCGGGCGUUGCGCAGCCAGUGCGGCUGCCAGGGCGCGGCGCCACUGACGCCGAAUCGGGCCCCAAGGGCCGCUGCGCCGCCGCCGCGGGCCGCGCGCCGCGCGCGUGGCAAGCAGGCGGCGGCGGCAGCUGCGCGAGGACGGUCGCGGAGCCGAGUGGCGCUGGGAGCCGCGGAGCACGCGCGGAUCGCGGAGGCAGUGCGGGGCGGCGCGCGGACGGGCGACCUCGCGAAGGAUUUCGGCUUGAGCAAAAGCCGGGCGAAAGCUUUGCGCGCCUUGUACGGAGCACAGGGCGCCGCGCCACUGACCCCAGACCGACUGACCGCGCGCGUCGCCCAAGCGGUGCGAGCCGGCGCGACCAGGGCCACGCUCAGCGCUGCUGACCACGCACGCGUCGCCGAAGCGGUACGGGACGGAGCUGGCCCGAGCGAUCUGAGGAGGGACUUCGGCUUGAGCGCGCGCCGGGCGCGGGAGUUGCGCCUCCAGUACAGUGCCGAGGGGGCCGCGCCGAUGGCGCCCUCGCGGGCACCGCGUCGGGCGCGCCGCGCCGACGCCGCCUCGACUUGGCUGACCGAAUCGAACCGCUGCUUCGCUGUGGGCGCUGGACGCCCGCCGAGGCCGGUGGAGGAGCUGAGCGGAGGCCCCGCGGAGGAUGCUGAGGCGCCCGACGGCAUUCGCCGAGGCCGGCGCUGGAUGGCACUCGGGUCCUGGACGUUCUGCCCUCGUUGCGGCCGCCGCAACGCGACUGGGCCGUGGGCGGCCGCGGGCUCUGUCGAGACCGCCGCCGCGGCCUGCCCCGGCGGGUGCGACCUGCCGCCGUCGGCGAUGGAGCGCGCCGCCCCCCGGCGCCUGGCACCUCGGUCUGCGUGCGUGGACGCCGGUGAGUGGGCAGCAGCGGUGGCCGAGGCGGAAUGGGUCGCGUGCACGCAGUGCAGCGGCGUUUGGCACUGGGGCAAGCCCGUCGACGCGCCCCCGUGCGCCAGCGAGUCCAGCCCCGUGGUGCACUGCGGCGUGUGCGCCAGCUGCAAGGCCGCCGCGGCGCAGCCUCGCUCCGGCACCGCGAAGUACUACGUGACGCCGGCCGCGAGCGACUGGCCCGUCUACGACGCGAGCGCCGGGGCGUUCCGCGCGGCGGCGGGCGACGAGGGAGCGGCCCAGCGAUGCGUUUUUGAGCUGACGGAGGAGGAGGCCGCGUCGCUGCCUAUCAUUGACUUGCAGUGCGACUACACCUCUGUGCGGGGCGGCCGCGCGCCGACGGCCUGCAAGAAGAAGACCAGCGUGGUCCGGGCCCGGUGGCGCGCGCGCGAUGUCCAGGCGGGCCUGCCCACCCCGCGAGCGCGGGCAGCCUUCGCGUGGCUCAUGGAGCACUCGGAGGCCUACUGGCGCUACUACGAGAUGCACCUGCAGAAGCUCGCAGCCCUGCAGGAAGCGGGCGAGGGGGCGCGCUGGAUCUACACCGCGGAGCUCCUCCUCUGGAUGCCCGGGGUCGAGGCGGCGGCUCGGCCCGUCCUGUGCCCGACGUCCGCCUUUGGCGAUUCCGAUCUGCGCCCGCGCCUGCGCGCCCUGAACCUCGCCGCGGAGAACGGGAAGCCGAGCAUCAAGGCGAGCUUCAUGCGGAAGCUGUGCAGCCGGUGCGUGGCCUACCAGACGGACUUCCCUCUGUUCGCGCUGCUCUACGAUAUCGCGCUGGCGCGGCAGCUGUCCUCCCUGGUCGCGAUUGCCAAGCAGCAGCGCCUUGCCCCGGGCGAGGCGGCCGGGGAGAUGCAGAACUUCUCGGGCUUCUGGCAGUGGGGGCGGGAGAAGUUGGAGGACGUCUGCAGGCAGAUGGCGGAGCACCCGGAGUACGUGGCCUCGUUUCAGCGGUCGGGAGCUGCCCGCUACGUGGGGUCCGAGUGGAAGCGUGGGCUCCCGAACGUCUUCAUGACGAUAGCCCGGGCCGAGUGGAAGGCUUUGCUACGCGACGGUAUGUUUGCGCGCGUGCGCGAGGCCUCUGACUUGACUGAGCUGCAGCCCGCCCUGACGCUGCACUUGUACCACACCAUCACGACGCUGUUUGAAAAGGUCGUUCUCGCGAGCCCGUCCGAGUGCGGCUUCAAGCGCGUCUUCCAAUACGUUCUCCGCGUCGAGUUCCAGGGGCGGGGCACGCUGCGCGUGCGCGUGCUGGCGUGGGUCGAGUUCGAUACAAAGGCGAACAUCUUCGGCUACGCUCCCAGCAUGACCGGGCGCCCCCCGGGGGGCACGGACCCUGGCAUUGUGCCCGAGGACCCUCGCCUGCUGCGCUUCCUGGAGAAACUCUUCACUGGAUCCGCGGACGCGCAGUGCAACAAUGGCCACCACAACUUCUUGAACUAUGUCACAAGCUACGAGAUGAAGGGCUCGGACGCCCUGCAAUUCCAAUCGCGCGAGAGCGAGGCGGAGCACUGCAGCGCCUGGCGGCAGACCUAUCGCUUGCUCUGCAAGAAGGCCCCUCUGGAGCCUGAGAUGACGGUGGAGUUCGCCACGAAGCCACUCAUGCUUGCCAGCUACCGCGGGAGGCACCUGUACGCGCCGCUCCCGCGCGACAGGACGGCGCCGGACGAGUCGCGCGUAAACGACGGCGAAUUGUUGUACAGGGCGUACUUGGAGCGCGACCUCCGCGAGGAAGUGGCCCUGGCCAUCGGCGACGCGCGGCCCAGCCAGGAGCUCUCAUGCAUCCAGUGGGCCAGGGAGCGGAAGAUCCACAAUGGGCGCGCGGCGCCGUCGCAGCCGCGCCGGGGCAGGGGCGCCGACAAGUCUAUGCAGGCGCUGGCCGUGCGAUUCCCGUUCGAACUCCUGGGCAACUUUGUCGGCGCCUGGUGCGCGAUGUUCCUCCCGCGCGCGGCCGACUCGGACGCGCUACGGGCUGCCAUGAGCGAGGGCGUGCCCGUUCUGCCUGCGAAAGCCCUGUGGCCCGCGGACGACGCAGCGGCCGGCGCGCGGCACCUCGAGGCGGCCCUGGUGGCGGCGCAGGACAACUUCGACAACGACGACGCGGCAGACCCGGGGUUGCUGCAGGAAGUGGUCAAGGACAUGGUGCUGCGCGGCCUCAAGACCGCUUGCAUCCGCACGUUCGUGGCGAGGCUGCGCGCCUGUCGGCUCCUGAUCCGCCGGAUCGACGCCGUGGAGGACGUGGAUGCGCGCCGGAGAGCCGUGGCGGCGUGGGGCCUCAGGAAGGCGCGCCGGGUGGAGAAGCUCAUCUGGUCCCCCGAUCAGAACCAGGUCCUGGACGCGGUGAGGGCUGGCGACGAGACGUCCGUGGUGCUGCAGUGCGCCAUCGACGCCGCGUCGACGGGCUGCCUCCUGAUCGCUCGCCCCAUCGGCGUGCUGGUGAGCGUGUGCCGGGAGCAGCUCCCGCCCGGCCUUGACAUUGUUGUGGAGACGAUCCACAGCAGCUUCAAGAUCACGCGGAAGGCCGACGCGCAAUGCGUCCCACCCGGCAGGCUGCGGCACUUCGACCUCCUGGUCUUCGACGAAUGCUCGCAGCCGGAGGACCACGUGUGGCGGGAGAUGCGGGCGGCGCUGCGCGAGCUGAGCCCCGGGCCCUUCGUGGUCUUCGUCGGGGACUUCCAGCAGCUGCAGCCCGUCCACGGCGCCUCGGUCAUGCAGAGCUCGCUCCUCGCGCAGCCGACGCGGGGCAUGCUUGCGCACUUCUUCCAGGGCCGCCGCCUGCGCCGGGGCGGGGCCCAGGCCGUCCAGCACGCGAUGGCCAUGGAGAAGGACCGCGCGGGCAAGUACUUCACGUUCCUGACCGUCACGAACGCCGCGGCGCGCGCCCUGAAUCUCCUUCGCCUCCGGAUGGAGUUCGGCAUCGACGAGGAGGAGCUGGACGCCCGCGGCGUGCCCGGCGACCCUGGCGCCGGCGGGGGCCGCAUGAUCUUCCGGAAGGGCAUGCGCUUGCGGCUGACACGCAACAUCGACAAGGACCGGGGCUUCGUGAACGGAUGCCUCGGCCACGUCGAGGAGGUCCUCUCGGUCCAGCCGCCCGUGCUCGUGCUCCGCACCACGGAGAACACGCGGUUGCUUGUCCACUACGUAUUCGCGGACGGGCAGAAGUUCAUGCCGUGCACGUACGGCUGGGCGAUGACGAUUCGCCGCUCCCAGGGCAGCACGCUGGACAUGGGCGCCAUCUGCUUCGACAGGAAGCGGCCGGAACGAGGCUACGCGUACGUCGCGCUGUCGCGGUUUCGCACGCGAGACUCGGUCUUCUUGCUGGGGCGCAUCCGCGCGACGGACUGGCUGCCCGUCGGCGGGGGCCCCAGCGCGGAGCAGACCUGCCCAGGCUUCCUCAGCGACUCCGACGCCAGCGAAGACGAUGUGGGCGCGGAGUCAGAGGCCUCGGAGGAGGACAGUGGGCGCCCCGAAGAGGACGCGGCAUCGGGCGGCGGCGGCCUGGACACCGAUUCUGUCUGCUGUUCCGACGCGCGCUCGGACAGCGUGGACCCCGCUCUGGGUUGCUUCUCGGACUGGAGCUCCGACGCGCACUCGGAGAGCGUGUGUCCCGCCUUGGGCGACAGUCUGGUCUGGUCCUCGGACGAAGAGAGCGUCGACCCCGCGAAGGCGCUGAACUCCGUCGGGUGGCCCCUGGUCGUCGACGCCACGGAGCCGCCCGCGCCCGACGCCGCCGUGGCCAGCGCGGGCAGCGACUCAGACGGCGGCUGCAGCGGCGCCGCGUCGCCACCGCCGUCGCCCUUGGUCGCCGACUGCCCAGCGCCCGAGCCAGCCGAGGGGCGCCCGGCGUCGCCACCAGAGCCCGGCUUGGCGCUGGGCUGGGACGACGCGGCCGGCGCGUGGGCCCCGGCGGCGCCCAUCCGGCACUACUGGACGUCGGAGGCGGGACUUUAG